AUGUCAGUGCUAAGCCUCAUCCUCUCUGAUGUCAUUGGCAACCCAGUGGACAUUAUUGCGAGUGGUCCCACUGUCUACAGUUCCCCCAGUGCUCAAGGCUGCCUUCAGAUAAUGACAAAAUACAAUCUGAUGAGCACCUUGCCCAGAUCUGUGAAAACAGUGCUGUCCAGCUCCGUCUCAGAUCCCAGUGGUCCGAAAGACUAUUCUCACGUCUACAAUGUUGUCAUUGGCUCAAACAGUUUAGCUUUAGAGGAGGCCAAACGCCAAGCAGAGGAUUUGGGCUACUGGACCCUGAUUUUGAGUGCAGGGGUGUGUGGGGAGGUCAGCAGAGUGGCCAAACUCUACAGCCAGCUGAUUCAGUUUGUUUGCUUGAGCACAGCUGGACUUGGAGAAGGUCCUCUAAGAGACCAGGUGAGAGGAGAUCUUCUAAAGCUGGCAGCAGAGCUAGAGAUCCCAGGUUUUAACCUUGUGGAUUCUUUGAAGGCUUUGCAAGGAUUGGAGUCUGAAAGAUCGGUUUGCCUGCUGGCUGGUGGAGAGACCACUGUCCAGCUUCAAGGAAAUGGGAAGGGUGGGAGGAACCAGGAGUUGGCCUUACAGGUGGCAUUGGAGUUACACCGAGCUAAGGCCACUGGGGCUGGCUACUUCCUUGGGAAAUGUGAAGUCCUGUUCCUCAGUGGUGGGACUGAUGGACAAGAUGGGCCAACAGAGGCAGCUGGUGCCUUCUCUAGCCAGGAGCUGGUGGAUAAGGCUGCUAAGGAAGGUAUUGAUGUGGAGACGUUUCUGAGCAACAAUGACUCCUACACAUUCUUCAGUAAGUUCCAAAAUGGACAUCACCUUUUGCUGACUGGUUUAACAGGCACCAAUGUCAUGGACAUCCAGGCUAUUUUAAUUAGGGCUAGAGACAGAUAAGGAGAGCACCUCUACGAACUCCUCAGUUGUUUUUAAUUAGAGGCAUUGGUGAAAAAUGAGGGUACCAAUGUUCUGGAGAAAUCCAGACUGCUUAAAUUAGGGACAGCUGGCGAGGGCACUAAUAUCAUGGCUGUAAAAGCUACAUUAGUAAGGCACAUGGGUGGGUGACCAUGACCAUGUUCAAUCUGUUAAUUAGGAUCAGAGUAAGGUAAGAUAACACCAGCAUUAUGGGCAUUGGGACUGCAUUAACACCUUCCUGCCGAAGAGCCAGUAACAUACUGCAUUUUGGCUGUGGUUACAAAGAAUUCAAGAAUGCAGGGCUGAUGACUGGCAGGCAAAUAAGUCUGGGAUUUAUAAAGGCUUCUUAGGGAGUUUGAGUGCAAGUGGGGUUGUUGGACAUCUGACGCCCAGCCUGAAGCUCUAGGUUGCUGCUGUAACUUUCAUUACAUACAAAGCUAACAAGGUAUAUUAGACUAGUCCAUAGGGCCCUAAAUCCAGUGCACUCCAAGUUCAGCGGAGAUGAGCACAUGGCGUCAGUUUAACCUUUGGUCUUGGAUACAUGGCGAAAACACACCCAGCUGUGGCAUUAACACCAUGUUAGGUGAAGAACGGUGUGAACCAUGAUUCAGAUGCGCUGGUGCAGAAACCAUCUGAACGUGAGACCUUCUCCCCCGCUAUGUAACCUUCUCUGCCCUGGUGUGGUGACAUUUCCACCCCAUGGUUGGUAUUUCAUGGGGUAGCAUGCUGCAUUGUGUGUGUGUAUGCUACAAGCAUUCAGAGUAUUACCACCAAACCGGUCAGAAAGCAAUACAGCCUCUAGCCUGAGUCAUUGACCUUUUUACUGUAUAAAGUCAGUAGUCGCUGUCUUUCUGAUUAACUCCUCUAACUCCAUAGAACAAAAGGCCACAAAAUCUGUAAAUUCAACUCUCCUGACCCCUAUUGCUGCACUGAUCAAAGGGCAAAGCAGCUGGGGCUGUUGCUCUGUCAAACAGCAGAUCCCUCCAACCUUUGGGACAAUGCAGAGCACCAGCUACUUCAGCUUUGUCAUAAAUUAAAAUCAGAUCCUGCCUUGCCAUACUCAGCUCAGUUCCCAACGUGACACCUGAGGCCAGGUUUUCUAAGGAGCACAGCAGUCAACGUCUUCAUCUCUUAUGAAGAUCUGGCUGCUUACUGCGGUGCCUAAAUGGGAGCUGAGCUCGCUUGAAAUUCCAGCCCUGAUUUAAAACAUUUGAUUCAAACGAUUUGCAGAUGGAUGUAGCUGUGCCGUGUGGCUGAUCUAACUUUGCAACAUAAGUAUACCAUCCUAUUAAUGCCAUAAAUAGUGAAAUCAUUGCACAGUCAUGCUUAGCAAGAUUCAAAGAGGGACUGGACAUUUAUAAUAACAAGAAUAUCCAAGAAUAGUUAAUGCUAAUAAUAUUUUUGGAGGGCAUAUAAAACUUCAUGCUUUUUGGUUUUAAGUCAAUCCCUAUGCAAUAGAGAUUAGGAUUGGAUCUACAUGUCUACUGAGGGAUUUCUUGCGCCUUCCUCUGAGGCAUCUGGGCACUGGUAACUAUCGGAGACAAGAUCCUGGACUAUAUGGAUCUUGAGUCUGAUCCAGUCUGGCAGAUCCUAUGUUCUGAUGUGUGAUCUUGUGAUUAAGGCAUAGAUUUGGGAACCAGACAAGCUAGAUUCUAUCCCAGCUCUGCUAACACACCCAUAUAUAACCUUGGGCAAGUCACUAAUAUUCUGAGGCUCAAUUUCUUCUAUAACAUGGGGGUGACCAUCUUUACCUACAUCCCAGGGGUUUUGUGAGGCUAAAUUUGCUAGUGGUUGCAAAGUGCUUUGAAACCCACUGCUGGAAGGUGCUAGAGACCUACGACAUAUGAUAAACUGGAGGCAUGAAUACAAUGUCAGGGUGCAGUCUGUGGAGGAAAGUUUGUUCUGGGUGUGUGUGUGUUUGAAGGUUUCUCAGUGGAGUAGAGAAUGCCAUUUGAAUUUCCCUGUGUGUGUGGCGCCUACCAUAGUGGGACCCUGAUCUGAUUGGGGUCCCUGUGCAUUACUGCAGUGAAAAUAGCAUGAAUAAAUGCAAA